GGGGGGAGGCAGAAUCUAGAAGAGGCCUGCCCCUGAGUGGGAACCCCAGAGUAGAAAAGAGAUGGGUCCUGCAGGAGAGCUGAGAGGCUGUGAGACGAAGGAGAAUGGAGGCUCUGCUGUUAGGAAGGGGGCCCCUGGCAGCACUCCCAGGAAGUGACCACUGGACUCAAGCUGGCACGAAGUGGCUGUGGGGGGAGCCUGCCCAGCCAGGAGCCCCAGGACCAGCAGCUCCCACUCAGGUGCACCCAACUCAGGUGUGCCCCACUCAGGUCCCCACUGCUCCUUGCCAUUGCAGGCAGGCAUGCCACAGACGCUGAGUGCCUCCGACAUGGUCACCCCAGGCAGCCUCAGCCCACCCACCACCGAGCCCACAGAUGGCGAACAGGCCAGGCAGCCCCUCCUGGAUGGAGCUCCAUCCUCAGCCUCCCUGGAAACACUGAUCCAGCACCUGGUGCCCACAGCCGACUACUACCCGGAGAAAGCCUACAUCUUCACCUUCCUGCUGAGCUCUCGCCUCUUCAUCGAGCCCCGGGAGCUGCUGGCCCGGGUCUGCCACCUGUGCAUCGAGCAGCAGCAGCUGGACCAGCCGGUGCUGGACAAGGCCCGGGUCCGGAAGUUCGGCCCCAAACUGCUGCAGCUGUUGGCCGAGUGGACCGAGACCUUCCCGAGGGACUUCCAGGAGGAGUCGACUAUCGGGCACCUUAAGGACGUGGUGGGCCGCAUCGCCCCCUGUGACGAGGCAUACCGGAAGAGGAUGCAUCAGCUCCUACAGGCUCUUCACCAGAAGCUGGCGGCUCUGCGCCAGGGGCCGGAAGGUCUGGUGAGUGCCGACAAGCCCAUCUCCUACAGGACCAAGCCGCCAGCCUCCAUCCACAGGGAGCUCCUUGGUGUCUGCAGCGACCCCUACACACUGGCCCAGCAGCUGACCCACGUGGAACUGGAGCGGCUGCGGUACAUCGGGCCGGAAGAGUUUGUCCAGGCCUUUGUGAACAAGGACCCUCUGGCCAGCACAAAGCCCUGCUUUAGUGACAAGACCAGCAACCUAGAGGCUUACGUGAAAUGGUUCAACAGACUGUGCUACCUGGUGGCAACUGAGAUCUGCAUGCCAGCCAAGAAGAAGCAGAGGGCCCAGGUGAUUGAGUUCUUCAUCGACGUGGCCCGCGAGUGCUUCAACAUCGGCAACUUCAACUCCCUCAUGGCCAUCAUCUCUGGCAUGAACAUGAGCCCUGUCUCCAGGCUAAAGAAGACCUGGGCCAAAGUGAAGACAGCCAAGUUUUUCAUCCUCGAGCACCAGAUGGACCCAACAGGGAAUUUCUGCAACUACAGGACAGCCCUACGAGGGGCAGCCCACCGCUCCCUGACGGCCCACAGCAGCCGAGAGAAGAUUGUCAUUCCGUUCUUCAGCCUGCUCAUCAAAGACAUCUACUUCCUGAAUGAGGGCUGUGCCAACCGCCUUCCCAAUGGACACGUCAACUUUGAGAAAUUCCUGGAGCUGGCCAAGCAGGUGGGCGAGUUCAUCACCUGGAAACAAGUGGAGUGUCCCUUCGAGCAAGACCCCAGCAUCACCCACUACCUGUCCACCGCCCCCAUCUUCAGUGAGGAUGGUCUUUAUUUGGCUUCUUAUGAAAGUGAGAGCCCAGAGAACCAAACAGAAAAAGAGAGAUGGAAAUCUCUAAGAUCUUCUAUUUUGGGGAAGACAUGAAAGCGCUGAGCUGAGGGAGGAGGAAGAGAUGGAGCCCGCAGAAGCCGUCCACAGCCCUGCCUCGGAUGGCCCAGCGGGCAGAGGCGGGGGAGCGCCUCACUACUUUGCAAAUGCCGACCCCGGGGCCUGCUGCCCCUCACAGUGGCCAUACGGGCACAGGAGACCUUUUGUGGGACUUCAGCCCUGGCAGGACCCAGGGCCUCCAGACGUGUGGGUGGCACAUGCCUUGGGGACAUCCUGCCUUCAGGACCGUGGGGCCUGGUCAGUCUGUCCAUCCUCGGCAAGGACACAACACUGCCCCAUAGGGUGGGGCCACUGCAAGCUCGAGACCUUGCUUGGUGACAUGUGCCACUUUGGCCACCACCCAGUCUGUCACCAGGUGGCUUGGGAACUUCUGGAACCACAGCAGGCACCGCGGUGCGAAGUGAGAUGCCCGCACCAGCCCCGAGCCCGCCGGCGGCCACUGCCAUUCCGCCCAUGGUCCCUUACCCUGCCCUGCCAACGAGCUCGUCUCUGCAGCCCUAGGUACCCGCUUCCUGGAUGCUGCUGGCCCCAGGAGACAGCUUUCUGGGAACGGCUGUGGAACGGGUCAGCAGGACAAACUGGACACCCGGAGUCACAGUGUGUACACGGCAGUCCCGCCACCCGGCCCCUUGUAAACUCUAGUCGCUGUAAACACACCC